UGGUCACCGCGAGGACAUGGAAGCUAGCGACGACUCUGAUCUCAUGGCGGAGCUGCUGUUGAGAUACCGGCGGCUGCAGGAGGAGAGCGACCGCGUCGAGGUAGAAGCCAAGACGCAGGUCGUUCGGGAGCUGCUGGAGGUUUUAGACGAGCUCGAGCGUGCCGACGCGGAGAUGGCUGAGGACUCCGUAGCCGGGAGGGCCAUCUUCGCGGCCGCCAGAAAAUUCGAGGACAAGCUGCAAGCUUUGGGCAUGUCCAGAGUUCAGGCCCUCGGGAGGCCGUUCGACGAGGUCCUGCACAGAGCCGUUGGCCUCUGUCCUGGAGCUGACCAGGCAUCCCAAGUGGUCAUCGAGGAUGGCGUCGUGUCGCCCAGUCUCUUUUCUGCCCCCACCCACACACCUUCUGUUCCUCCUCCCCCUUCGAUCUGUUGUUCCUCCUCCA